AAGUGAACGAACGGUUCGUCGAAAGUCUCGAGAAGUGAAGCAAACGAAUGAUUGUUUCAAAAGUUUCUCUCAUUUUUCUGAAAAACGAUUUCUGAAAAAGAGAUUUCAGUUUUCGUCGCAAAAAAACUGUUGUUUUGUUUCUUCGGAUUCUUCUUCAGAUAUCUUCUUCUCCUUCUCCUCUUCUCUGUCUUCUUCUUCUUCCGCGAAUGUCUGGUCAGAGAGAGAGAGAUUCGACGACGAAAACCGACGAAAACUGUUAGUCAAACAAAAAGUGUAUAAAAAAAAAAUCUGUGAUAAAAACGAAACGAAAAUUCUUCGAUUCAUUCAUCUCUUCGUUCAGUGUUUUUCUCCAACGAAUUCUGUGUUUUAAUUAAAGUCUUCGGGAAGAAAAUCUUCGGCGAAAUUCAGUUAAAAUACAGUUUAAUUCAUUGUUUAUAUGUUUGUGUAUGUAUUGGAGGCCGCGGUGGCCGUCAGGGAGUGACGACCGCGAAGUGGGUCAGUGUGUUUUGACUGCAGCGACGCCGCUCUCUCUCUCUCUCUCUCUCUUCAAUAACAGCUCUCUCUCGGCGUUCAUUGAACUCAAAGCUGAAGUUCGCGUUCAUUGACCUUCAGUUCAGUUGCGCUCAAAAACCAAACAACACUUCUCUCUCUUCAGUAGUAAAGUGUGUCAGAAGAGCGCACGCGCGACAAAACGCUUUGAAGAGUUCGUUGACCUCUAAGUGAAGAGAAAAACCUCUUUUUUUUUAUUAUUUAUUAAAUAAUAAUUUUAUUCAAUCUUUUGGAUUCGUUUUCAUCUGAUUUGUUGUUUUACCGAACGAUUUAACCGAUUAUUAUAGUCGGCGUCGUCCGGGACGACGACAGGACGACCGACCCGUGUCUCUGAACAGUGGCCACAAUCGCCGCCACAAAUAACUCUUCAGCAGUUAAAAGAUGUCUCUUUUUCAUUCGUAUAAAUUAAAGCGACGAAAAGUGGACGACUUAUCUCCGCCGCAAUCAGUCGUCGAUCAGAAACCCGUUCUUCAUGUCGUCCACCAAUCCGUCGUCCACUCGACGGCCGCCUCAUCAGACGCUUCGUCGUCGUCGUCGGGCGCCUCCUGUGACGAAUGUCUCGAUCUGUCCACCCGCAGACCUCCCGGUGCACCCGUACCGCUAUUGAUGGGCGAUCUGCCCGGUCAGGAACACAAGACAAUGCUGUGGACGACGACAUCGUCGACGACGGCCAGUACGACGCCCACAACCAACGGUUCAUCCAAUUCUCCGUCGUCCACAUCGACGACACCGCAACCAGAUUCGCAGUCGUCGUCAAUGACGACGCAUUCGUUAGUCGUUUCGUCCGAUUCAUACGCCGACUGUCGUCCGCGCGUCGUUCCGGCCGUCGUCUCGGGCGUCGUCGACGGCGGACACCAUAUAAUGCAGACGACGACCGCGACAUCCGAUAAUAAUUGUGUCGUUUCGGGCGUCGUCUCUAAUAAUAAUAAUAACAAUAAUAAUUGCGAUUCAAAUCAGCCGAUGAUUUGCAUGAUUUGCGAAGACAGGGCUACAGGUCUUCAUUACGGUAUAAUUACUUGCGAAGGAUGUAAAGGAUUCUUCAAGCGGACCGUCCAGAACAAGCGCGUCUAUACGUGUGUAGCCGACGGUCAAUGUGUUAUAACCAAACAGCAACGGAACCGGUGUCAGUAUUGUCGAUUUCAGAAGUGUUUGCGUCAGGGAAUGGUUUUGGCGGCCGUUCGCGAAGAUCGUAUGCCCGGCGGACGCAAUUCGGGUGCCGUCUAUAAUCUGUAUAAAGUCAAGUAUCGAAAGCACAAAAAACAGAAUAAUCAGACAAAUGGCGGUCAGAAUGGCGGCCAAAAUCUGAAUAAUAAUAAUAAUAACGCGACGCCAACCGGACAACUGAGUCAACAACAGCCGUCGUCCGGGACGACGACGACGAACGUCGUCAACAAUAAUGUCAAUAAUAAUAACCACAACAACAAUAACCACAUCUCCGCAAACGCCGGAAUACUAAAGUCGGCGCUAACGAGUCCACGCGGCGGCGGCGGUGGUGGAGGAGGAGGUUGUGGUGGCGAUCAGUUUGGCCGAAGCGUUGGCCAAUCGGUUAGUCCAUACGUUCAGACGACAAACGGCGGAUCGCGUUACGUGUCGUCCACGCCGUCGUCCGGAACGACGCCAAUCAUGCGAUCGAUGAGUGAUUUAAUGCGCGAACCGGUGAUGACUAGAGACGAAUCGGAUCAACUUCUUAACGCUUUAAUAGAAUGCGACGAUUUCGCAGACUUUUCUUCGCUUUCGGCACUCGAAGCCCCAGACGCCAUGACGGCCAGUACCGGUCCGAGUGCCGAACUGGCGGACAGAUUAUGUUCGAUCGGCGAUUCGAUUGUCUACCGAUUGGUUCAAUGGACAAAACGGCUUCCCUUUUACGAUCAAUUGCCGGUUCACGUUCACACCCAGUUAUUGACGCACAAGUGGCACGAACUGCUGGUGCUGUCCACGUGUGCCUUUGCCGCAAUCCGCGCUCCCGAUUCGGCUCCCGAUGACCAUUCAGUUGAGGCCGACGUCGGCGAAGCAAUGGCCAAUUUGGCCAAGAAUUUGGCCAGACUGAACGCGCAAUCGCCGCAAACAGUGAUUUCGUGGCAACAGUUGGAACUGGAAGCUGGCCAAUUGGUUCACGAGCUGUGUUUGGUCCGUGGCCAGUUUCGGUCGGUUUCGUUGACACUCAAAGAGUUUGUGGCUCUGAAAGUGGUCGCAAUGACCACAAUCGCGCCGACAUGCGAUUUCUUCGACACAAAUGUCGUUCACAUUCGCGACAAAUAUCUUCACGCUUUGAUAGCACACAUUGCCGACGCCCCCACGGACGCCGCCUCCCGAAUGACUGCUCUAUUGAAUUGUCUGCAACACGUGACCAACGCCGCCGGACUACUUCUUCAGUCGAAAAUGUUUUACGUGCCCUUCUUGAUGAACGCACGCGCAGUCAACGGUGUGGUCGUAUCGCCGCCGUCGCCCCGGACGACAACACCCGCCUCGUCUGGCGGAUCGGCGGUGGCGUCGACGGCAGUGGCCGUAGUGGUCAGCGACGCGUGAAUUAAUUCUUGUAAAUAAUAAUUAAAAAAAACUAAUUAAUUAAAUAAAUAAAAAGUCUGUUUUAA